CUGCGGCAUUUUAGAGAGAAUGAGCGUUUCAAGACGCAUGUGCUGUUAGCUGUAUACGGCGUGGAUCAUCCAGGACAAGAGAUUUGCGAAGUGUUGAGCGACUGUCUUCAAAAGCGCCUUGAUCAUGUUACGCUCAGCCAACUGAUCGACACUUUGGCUAAAAACACACAAACGAGGCUAGACAGUGCUGACGUACAGUUUCUUCAACGCGACCCGACAUCACCAGCUGGUGUGUUUAAUUACUCAAUACCGAGCUCGAUGUCUCAACUCCUGCAACCGCUCAACUACUACACACAUCAACAUAUGCAAGCAGUGAUGCCAUCGGCAAGAUACAAGGAGGAUUACGGUUCUGGCGGAACAUGCACAGGAGAGCGCUCAGUUUUCCAGCCUUUGCCGUUUUCUGGGAAACAACCAGAUUCAUACGUUCCGAUUUUCUAUCUGCUUGUCAAGUCGCCGCAAGAAGGGACUCGAUCCACGGGUAUUGCUGCAAUCGAGUUACGCUUUGUAACCUGUAGCGGGGAGAUGGCUUCGUUGACAACGGGUCGUUUGAACAUUUCAACACAUAUGAGCUUGGCACCGAUAUUAUGUAAUGAAGAAGAACGAGAGGCGGCAUACAGAGAAAUGACGUACACAACUAGAUGCGAACAACUGAAGGAACUGCCCGGUAAGUUCAGUGAAUGA